AAAGGUCCAAACUCCGUCUUACGAUCCCGGAAGUGUUCUGCCAGUGUGUCGCCCAAUCGUUGUGCGUAAACUUUGAACAGCACUUUGCAUUACUGAUUACAAUGACUACACCAGUUGCUGAGCUGUUUGUCCCGGUCUCAUGGGGAGAAAUCAGAGGUCGUGUGUGGGGUCCCAGACAUGGUUAUACUGUGCUGUGUUUACACGGCUGGGCAGACAACUGUGGCUCUUUCAACACGCUCGUCCCACUUCUGCCAAUAGAGUGCAGAUAUGUUGCUAUUGACCUGGCCGGCCACGGUCUAUCGUCACAUCAUCCUCCAGGAGUUUUCUACACUUUGCUUUCACACGUGGCAGAUGUACGCAGGGUUUUAGAGUCUCUACGGGUGACAAAAUUGUCCAUCAUUGGGCACAGUAUGGGUGGUCACAUCGCAGGGCUUUUCAGUGCCCUAUUUCCAGAAAUGGUGGAAGCUCUUGUCCUUCUGGAUGCUGAACAACUUCUAGUUACAAAAGCAAAACAUACAGCCUCUAAAAUGAGACAAGGGAUAGACGAGAUGAUACAAUUUGAAAAGUCAUCAAAGAAGAAAAAGGCUUACACUUAUGAGCAGGCACUUGAAAGGUUGCUGGCUGCAAUUCCUAUUACAAAACAUUCAGCACAGACACUUCUGGAAAGAGGUCUUGUAGCUGUUGAAGGAGGAUUUGCAUUUUCUAGAGACUUCCGAAUAAAUUUUAAACAUGUGGUUCACGUGAGUUUGGAGCAGAGCUUAGAAAUGUAUUCAAAAACACAAGCUAGUGUCCUAGUUAUUCUAGCUGAACAAGGAUUUUUUAAGAACAGCCUUGCUUCAACAAUUCAGCACUUUCAGGAAAAAAAUUGCAUGUGUGUGACAGUGCAAGGAGAUCAUCAUGUCCAUCUAAAUAACCCACAACAUGUUGCUCCAUACAUCUCAAAGUUUCUGCAAACAAAACUGUCAUCUCUUUCAGCCAGAUUAUAAGAAAGGCUAUUUUUAGAUCCAGUCUAAUGCUGUUAAAAUGAAAAAAGUGACAUAUUGUUUGGCGCUAGAAGGUAGCUAGACACAAUUGCCUGUCCACCAGUGAACUAGUAUUGUUACAUAUAAUGAGAAUGAGCAAGUGAGGCCUGUGUUGACAAGAAUAAUGAGAAUUAUGAGAAUUAUGAAUAAAGAAUUACACACAAUGAUGGGAAAAGGUUGAAACAAAAUACCUUUAUUCUAUUUUUAAAGGCAUUUAUCUCCACAAAUAAUCUUUCUUGAACUUCAUAGCAUCUGAGUGUUUCUUUCCUAUAUGAGAAGAAUUAGGAGGCUGUUUGAACUGCCAUUCACAGUGUUAUAUCCAGGUUGUAAGUAGAAUAAACAAAGUUGAUUUGAUUUCCACAUUUUCAGAAUUAUCUUUUCCUUCCCUGUGAGUAUUGUCCAAGUUACUGUUUAAUUUGUUAAUAAAUCUCACUUUAACCAAAAUGUAAAUACACAGGAUCAUAAUAAUUGAGAAUAAGUCGACUUUACCUAUGUGUUUGUUCUUUUAGACUCAUGUUGUAUCAUCUCGCAGUCUUCCUCUUUCGUUCAGUUGUACACAGUAGGAGAACUACAGCAUCUUAAUUAUAGUACGCAGAGUUCUUAUUACACAAAUAAAGCCAAGUUUGAAGCCAAGGCUUAUUUUGUAUGCCUGUCAACAAAGCACAGAUCCACUCUAAAUUAAGAUAUUGCUAAAAAAAAAAACUUUCUCAGUAAUCUUUACUCAAGUGUGUACCAGAGUUUGAC